AGUUCCACCCGUCCUCCCAUUACAAAGGGACGGGUGGCGCUCCCGUGAGGGAGAUACUUCGGAUUCCCCGUGUCUCUGUCGGCCCAGAAAAGCCUUGGGUUCCCCACCGGAAUCUCAUCUUCCGAAAGCAGCGGAGGCCAGCGUCCUCCCCUCAGCCUCUCUCUCUGGGGUUUCUGCUUCCAGAUUGCAAUCGAUCGAUUGAGCGCGCUGAUUUGAUUUGCGGGCGAUAGAAGAGAAGAUCUCCCAGGAUGACCGCGUCGGCAUCGGCUUUGUCGAGCGGGCCGAGGUACGCCCCGGAGGACCCGAGGCUCCCCAAGCCCUGGAAGGGCCUGGUGGACGGGAGCACGGGCUACCUCUACUACUGGAACCCGGAGACCAACGUCACCCAGUACGAGCGGCCCGUCGCCGAUCUCCCGGCUCCCCCUCCUCUGCUGCUGCCUCUCCCUUCUCAUCCUCCUCCGAAAUCUGGUUCCGUCGCCGUCAGCUCCACCGUCCUUCAAUCCCACCAUCAGAAGCAGAGGAAGCGGGAGCGGGACUCUCAUGAUGAUGAUGGCCGCUACGGCCGCUCUCGCAGCAGCCAUCAGCAUGGAGGUGGCAGAGGUAGCAGCAGUCAUAACCGUGGGUAUGGUGCAAAGGAUUCACAGGAUUCGAGGAUGGCAUCUGCCAGAGGUCAUAGAUCAUCGUCGGAUGGGAGAGGUUCUGUGUCUGUGGAAGCAUAUCGCCAUCAGCAUGAAAUAAUAGUCACUGGAGAUGAUGUACCAGCACCAUACAUGACAUUUGAGUCGGCAGGCUUUCCCUCAGAAAUUCUAAAAGAGGUACACCAUGCGGGUUUCUCUGUUCCCACUCCUAUUCAGGCUCAGUCUUGGCCAAUUGCAUUACAAAGUCGUGAUAUUGUAGCCAUUGCAAAGACAGGAUCAGGCAAAACACUUGGUUAUCUUAUUCCAGGGUUCAUGCAUCUUAAGCGCCUCUGUAACAACUUUAAAAUGGGUCCAACAGUAUUGGUCCUAUCACCAACUAGGGAGCUGGCAACGCAGAUACAAGAUGAAGCUGUGAAGUUUGGGAGAGCAUCAAGAAUUUCGUGCACGUGUUUAUAUGGAGGUGCCCCAAAAGGUCCCCAGUUGAGGGAUUUAGACCGAGGUGUAGAUGUUGUGGUUGCAACUCCAGGAAGACUGAAUGACAUUUUAGAGAUGAGAAGAGUAAGCCUCUGUCAGGUGUCAUAUCUGGUUCUUGAUGAGGCUGACCGAAUGCUGGACAUGGGUUUUGAGCCACAGAUAAGGAAAAUUGUGAAAGAGAUACCAAAUCGUCGGCAGACUCUUAUGUUUACUGCUACCUGGCCAAAGGAAGUUAGGAAAAUAGCUGCAGAUCUACUUGUUCAUCAUGUUCAGGUUAACAUUGGGAGCAUAGAUGAUCUUGUUGCGAACAAUGCGAUCACGCAGUAUGUGGAAGUAAUCACACCUAUGGAAAAACUCAGACGGUUGGAACAGAUAUUGCGAUCCCAAGAUCCAGGGUCUAAGAUCUUAAUAUUUUGCUCAACAAAGAGGAUGUGUGACCAGCUUGCUAGGACCCUCACUCGUCAGUUUGGUGCAGCUGCUAUUCAUGGUGACAAGUCUCAAGGUGAGAGGAACAGGGUUUUAAACCAAUUUCGAACUGGAAGGUCCCCCAUACUAGUAGCUACUGAUGUUGCUGCUCGAGGCUUGGACAUCAAAGAUAUCAGGGUUGUGGUCAACUAUGAUUUCCCCACGGGUGUUGAAGACUAUGUUCACAGGAUUGGCAGAACUGGUAGGGCAGGUGCCACUGGUGUGUCUUACACGUUCUUCUGCGAUCAGGACUCAAAGUAUGCAGCAGAUCUUGUCAAAGUUCUGGAAGGGGCAGACCAGCAUGUUCCCAAGGAGUUAUGGGACAUGGUUUCACGUGGUGGGUAUGGUGGGAAGUCCCGCCGUUGGGGUUCUCGCUCUGUUGCUCGUGAUGGUGGCUGCCCGCGUGGACGUAGUGAUAUUAGUUAUAGGGGAAGGGAUGUGCAUGGCCUGCUACCAUCCGGUAGAGCAGAUAGUGGCCGUGGCAGUCAUGGACGCGAUGUUCUCGAGCCUCCUCGUGAUAGAUAUGGUCAUGGAUAUCAAGAUGGUCAUGAGGUAGAGAUUCGUGACCGCAAAUCCAGAGGUAAAUGCCGUAGCCGCAGUCGCAGCCUUAGCUGGAAUAACAGCCAGAGGUACAGCCCGAGCCCUGUGAAGGGGCGUGUUGGGUGGGGCAAUAGCUGCAGCAGGAGCUGGAACCAUGGCCACAGUCGAAGCAGGAGCCGUAGUCGCAGUCCUAGCCGUGGCAUCGACCAAUAUGGUGACCGGCAUGGUGAGGAGGCUGGGCAAACACUUCGGGAAUCACCAGUAUCAAGGAGAAGAGUGCCUUCACCAAUCAAUGAUCAGAUUGGCAAUCCUGUCGAUUCAUCAAAAAUGCCAUCUUACGAAGAUCAGAGGGGAUCACCUCCAUAUAACGGUGAGGACAUGGAAAGGGUUCAACCAGAUCGCUCACCUAGCGUUCAGAAUGAGACAUCUGAAUGCCUGUAUAGUAAUAUUGACAAUGGAAAGCAAGGAAUAUCAGCUAACCCAGCACAGUGGCAUCGAGGAUCUCCAUGGGACCAUGGGGAUGCUGAAGGGCCUAAUGAGGGAUCGGUUCGAUCACCGUUAGUGCCAUGCAAUAGGAGUGGGGAGGAAGAAGAGGAAGGAAUGAUUCCUGCUGAUGGAGAGGAUGGUGUGAUGCCCUUUGAAGAGGGUACAACAUCGCCUAAAAUGGCGGCAGCUGAGCAACCUGAGUCAUCAAUUGAUAAUAUCGAAAAUUAAAAUGGCCCCUAAGCUCACUUGUCUUGCUGGGUUGGCACGUCUGGGCACCCUCUUCUACUUUGAUUUCUGGUGGCCGAUGUGUUGUGAAUUUGCAACAUUAUGAUAAGAAUAAUAUGGAUUAAUAAUAACAGGUACCAAAGCUUGUUUUUCUGUGAGGUACUGAAACAUUUGGUUGCUUGUAACCUCCGGAUAGAUUAUCGUUAAAUUUUUUUUUUUUUGGCUA